AUGUUAAUUCCAUGGUCUCUCUUGCCUUCUCGCUUAUGGUACAAGUGUUGAUUGUGAUGUAGGCGUCGCUAUCCGAGUCAGCGCCCUCUUCCCGAGAGGCUUCAGAGGAGCCCGAAUUCGUUACAACGCCAGAGAAAGUUAGCAGAAGGUCAACGGACACGGACAGCCCUAAGGAGGAAAGAAAGAGGCGCCGCUUCUCGAACCCUUUCCACCGUGCGAGUCGUUCCAGAUCGAGACCCAGUAGCAUCGUUCUUCCCACAAACGCUCACAUGGACUUUGGCACUCCCAAACCGACGCCACCGCGCGAGACGCCGCGCUCUCAAGGCAGUCGCCCGCACUCGUACCAUGCCCCGGAUGCCUGGAGUGUUAUUCCUGAUUUGCAUUCGCCUACGGCACCAGAAAAGGGAUUGCAGGCAGGCGAGAGACUCGGCGUACUACCUUCGCCCGCGAAGAGUGCAUUCUCGCUGCUCCCUCAGGACAGAGAGGACGAUGUGCCGCCCGUACCCCCAAUACCAGAGGGCAUGGGAGGCAUGCAGAGCGGCAGGACAAGCCAAGAAAGCGCAACUCACAGGCUUCUCCAGAGCGUCAUUAGGCACUCCACGCCUCCGGCUGCUGAGACGUCGAGACUUCGGGGCUCGCCUGUUCCCAAGGAGGCACCCAGAGCCAAAGAGAGCAACGAGCGCCGAGAUGCAGAGGCCAGCCACCAAGAGGCACGAGCAGAACAGGCCGAAGAUGGAGAUGAGGACGAAGGGGCGUUUUCGGCGAAAACUCUCCGUGCUCAGAAAAUGGAAGAUGAUGACGAUGACCGCCCUCCACUGCUGAACCACGAUUCUGUCCCGCCCAGAUGCUUCCCAGAAGACGUUGGCCAAAUUUCCGACGUUUCGCCUCCCAUGGCAGCUAGCGGGCCUGAACCUGGAGAGAUCUCGCCAGUAGUGUCAGCCGUGGGGGCAGAUCGCUUAGACGGAGACGGGAGCGAAAACGAAGACGGCAGGCUCCUGCAACCCGAACAAGACACUCUGCAAAAACCUCGACUUUGGAUGGGCGAUGUGAGUCCCAUGUUCGCACCAGUCCCGCUCGCCCUUGGCAGCCCAGAAGACGGCCCCCAGACGCCUGUUGGCGAGACGGCGCCGAGCCACCGCGAUACGCGACCGGCGUACGAGACAGAGCUCAUCGGCGGCGACGUGUCGCCCAUAUCGUCGCGCGCGGACGGCGACGAGGAAGCGACGCCAACAAGAGACAAUUCGAGGGCGGCGAGCGCAGAGACGGCAAGGCAGACGCGCGAACCGGCGGUCGAAGACGCGGAGCCAUCCGAUGGCCGCGCAGAGUCGGAGCAGCCUGACGCGCUAACCCCGCAUGCAGCCGAGGCCGGCCCUGCGCCACCACUAGCCAGCCCCCAGCAGCGCCUGUCCGCAUCUCCAUAUCAGGUCGUCCACGCAGUCCAGUACGUGCCGUCGCACUCCUCUUGUGAGUCAUGGGAGCAGGACAGCGUCGCCGCGCCGUCGCAUUCGGACGGGAGCCAGCUCGGCGAUAAGCACGACGCCGCCGCCAUCCCGCCCGUGCCGCACAUGCCCAGCCCGGUCGCGCCGGAAGCAAGCACUGGACGAGCGAUGGGAUCUGAGCAGAAGCCAGUGGUUAUAUCCAUUUCCAACUCCCCGGCCCAGCCGCAUCUGACGCGGCCCGAGCCUGCUCACCAGGAGGACCCGCAAUUUCCGAAGCCCGACUUGGGAAAGCCGGGCAUUCACAGGCGCUCGGAAUCGCUCCUCUCCAAGAUAUCGUCCAUGGUUUCGGCCGACGGCGUAUCCAUCUCUCCUACAUCCAGUCACGCCGCGAGGUCGCGGCCAUCGAGCGCCAACCGCCAGCGCCAGGUAUCCCCUGCCAAGACCUCGCCACUCCCUGCGCAGAUAGAGGAGGAAUCCAACGCUGCGGAACGGGAGAAAACCGGCGCGAGCAGCAAUGACGACUUUGACCUCUAUGCUGACCACAACGGCAUUGUCAAGGACGUGCGAGACGAGAGCGGCCAGCCGUUGCGCGUUGCGACUCCUCAGCCAGCCGAGACCAUGAACGCUUCGCAAACAUCUGCGGCGAAUGCGCCUAAAGCGCAGGAGGCGUCAAAGGCAGCCGAAGAGGAGCCAACGAGGUACAGCGAUGAACGGCCCAUGAGCUUUGUAUCCGGUCCUAGAGAUGCUCACGGCAGACCCCAAGACCAGAUCAAUCGACCAGGCACAGCGACAGCAGAGGAGCGCAUCCCGCCCGUCCCGCCGACUCCAGACCGCUUUCUUGGAACAUCUCUCAGCAAAGCUCAAUCCAACGGCGCAUCAGAGACGCAGCAUAUGCAAAAGCAGAAUGGAAUCCUUCAGCAGCAGUCUUCUCAAGUUGGACAUCCCGCAAGCCAGAGCGUCUCACCUGCCGCCAGCCAGCGCCGCGAUGUCAGGACGCCACCGCACAGUAAUGUGUCUCCACCCCCUCCGAGCAACGCUUCCCCGCCACCGCAGCCGACACCCCCACAAGGCCUUUCCCAGAGGCCGCUGCUUCAGGAGCCACGGCAGUCAAAUGGCGUCCCGGACCCAAGAAUGCAAGACCCGCGGAUGAUGCAAGAUCCACGUCUCAUGGUUGAGGCCCGAAUGCGCGGAAUGAGCCCUGGCCAGCCGUAUCCGCAGGAUCCACGAAUUCAGGCCCAAAUGUACGGCCCAGACCCUCGCAGACAAGGCCAACCUAUCGGCUCGCCCACGGGCCCUAGAAACCAGUUUGAACUUCAACAACAGAUGAUGCAACGUCAAGCAAUAGACCCACGUUUGCAUGCCGGUCAGUAUCAGUAUCCAGCUCCCGGAGUUGCAGGCCCGCAUCCGGACGCGCACUUGACAAAGAAAGAGGAGAAGUCAUCUCGGCCAAGGCUCUCAUCAGUCUUCAAAGGCCGUGGCAGCAAAUCGCAUCCAAGCGCGCCACAGGUCACUCCUCCGAAUGAUAGCCGCCUCGCCCCUAAUGCUAAUGCCGCGCCUGGGAUUGACAGGCGGGGCGCCUCGUACCAGUCAACCCUAGGAGAUCUUCCAGAACAGGUUGUAACAAAGAAGGAGAGGAGAUCUAGCGCUUUCGGCUCACCCUCCAAUUCCACUCGCCCCGAGAGCAUAGGAACAGAAUCCCAUAUUAGUCAGGACAGCACAAGGGUGCAGGCGGCAGAUUCUCGCCUUGAUCUGAGAUACCCUCAGAGCCCUGCCCCAUUUAAAGGAAUUCCACCACAACAGCCGCCUCCAGGCACAGCCGUAGCCCCGCAGUCGCAGCCCCAACGGGCAUCCACCUCUGGGGUGUCAGAGAUUGGCAAGAAGAAAAGGUUUUCUGCUCUAGGAAAUCUGUUCAAUCGAAGCGGAUCGGCGACCCACUCUGCGUCUCCAAAAUCCAAGCUAAGUAAAGAAGAUAAGAAAGCCCAGAAAGCCCAGAAGCAUACUACUGCGCCGCCCUUCCAACCGCCAACAGGUCGAGAAUGGCCACCGCAACCGCGACCGCAGCCGCAAUUCAAUCCUGCACAACAGGGUAUGCAAUACGGUAUGCAGUACGGGCCACCAGGAGCUGUGCGGCCAUUUCCAGGCAUGCAGAAUGUUGUGCCUCAGCAGACUAUGUCGCCGACUUCGCCGCAAGGUAUGCCUCCUCAAGGUAUGCCUCCUAAAGGCAUGCGUCCUCAAGGCAUCCCUCAACAGUAUAUGCAGCCUCCGCCAGCCUUUCAGCACAAUCCGCAUAUUCAACGCCCGCAAUUUAGCCCCGAGGGAUCAGCGUACAUGGACACAAGACAGAUUGCUCAAGCGCGCCAAGCGCCACAGGCGCCACAGGCGCCACAGCAAUUUGCAGGGCAACCCAUGCAACAGCCUCCUCCAAGCUCUCGCCCAGAUCUUCCUAUUACGAAUCCGUCACUUGAGCAGCGCGGGCAUCGAGCCGAAGGCACAGUUCAAGCUCCUCCCCCUGGCGGGUAUUACAAGCCCGACUCCAAACAGUCAGAGGUCCGACAAGGCGGUCCAGCAGCCUUUGCGCAACCGAAUCAUUAUCAACAACAGCAACAAGUUGCCCCUCAACAUCCUCCUAGCAUUCGUAGCGUAUCCUCGCCAUCACCUGCACAAGGUCUCCCUGCCGCGUCCCCACCAUCGCAGCGUCGUGUCAGUUCACCGUUGACCGAGCCACGAUACGAGACCCCGCAAAUUCCCGCGGCAUACAGACAAGUUUCUGGAGCUUAUGUUUCUCCAAGCUCAGAACAACCUCCUACACGUCAAUCUGGCCGUCCUUCUCCAGCUCACUACGGCCGGCAGUACUCCGACCCUCAGAUGCAGCCGAUUUCGCCCCAAGUAUCUGCCCCAACGCAGAUGCCUCCCAAUCAGCGGAACGGUUCAGACUCGAGCACUGUCUCAAUAGUAUCGCCUAUCUCGAAUCCAUCACCCGGCAUUCCAAAUAGUACACCUGUAUCGAACCAGAGACAGCAGAAGCCUAGGAUGAGCAGUAUCUCCGAGGCAACGCAUCAGGAGCGGCCGUGGCAUUUGAAUUUUCCGCAUGGAGCCACUGAGCAAGAGAUUGUUCGAGCUCGCCAGCGACAGUAUAUGGAACAACAGCUAGCCGCUCAGGAGCAAAUGCACGCCGAGAGGACUGGACGGUCGCCGUCGCCUCGCUCGUCUCAUACGCAGUCAGCCAGCCCUCAACCGCCGCAAGAUCUACAACAGUCGAAUCAGCCGUCUGCUCAAUCUGGCGGCGGUUUCCGUGAGGUCCUACCGCGAAGCUCGCCUCAACCUUACCCUAUGGCCCAAAACAUACCUCAAUCCGCCACCAGCAAUGGUCCGCAGCAAGAACAGCAAUCUCACACCCCUCACCCGCUACAGCCGUUGCCUAUCCACCCUGGUCAAGGCCCUACACCGGCAGCGUAUCCUCUCCCAAUGUCACCAGAUUCGGUCAAUAUAAGGAGUCCUGUUAAUCCCGUUGUGGACACUCUGCCGCCUCCGCCUCCUCCAAAGAUACCUCAUAGCCCAAUGCACGCUAGCUUUCCGGUCGACCAUACGCCUCCGCCCCAGCCCCAGCAGCAGCCGCAAGAUCCAGUCCAGCAAUAUCAGCCGGCCCCGCCGGAGCAACAGCCCGACUAUGAACAACAGCCGCCUGCCGACGAGCCACCACCCUAUUCUGGCCCUGGCAUGCCGAAUGACGGAAUAGAAAAAGAGCGUCCACGACCGCCCAACAUCAUCACCGACGCUGAGGAUAGGGGCCGACAUUUAGAGCCGCGUCAACGCCAAGCCUCUUUCGGUAUCCUACAGCACCCACAACCUGCUUCUAUGGCUGCAUCACCGCAACGCUCAUCCGCUGACAUGGGAGCCGAGGCACUUCGUCGCCAGCUCCUAGAGCAAGAAGAACGCGAACGACAAGAGCGGCUGCAGCGAGCCGAGAUUCAGCGCGCUGAGUCGGCGCGCGAGAGACAAGAGCGAGAAAGAGCACGUGCAAGAGCUAGGGAACUGGAACGGAGCGUGUCCGGUGGUGCACGCGUAGGCAGCCUUAGGAGCGCGGAAGGAAGCGGAAGGGCGAACGGACCGGGCUGGGAGAGAAGAGGCAGUACCACGAGACCGGUGUUUGAGCUGCCCGCUGAGGAAGACGAUGAGCCUGUUAUGCGCGCUACAUCGUUCCCCGGUCAGGAAUGGGUACCAACGUGGACCGAAGAUUAGGCCACCUUGCGUAUCUACCCGCGUUUUGAUCUCUUUUUGAAGGAGUUCCCACUUUAUAUUUUCUUGUAUAUCCCAGGUCGGCUUUAAUUUUUUUUGUAUACUGAUUGGAGCUGGAUACCCCAUUUUCCUUUCUGCCAUUAUUUUUGGUGUACUAGUCAAUCUACUACCUAAUCAAAGUGUUUAUAUUCCUCCUUUAUCGGUUCGGGUCAUCUCCGCAUCUCGUCUUCUUGUGACUCAGAAUAAUAUUAUUGUUUUGUCCUGUCCCGCUUCCGCCUACUCCGUUUCCGUGGUUCGUCCUCGGCUACCAUAUCUCUCGUCGAACUUUGA